GUGACAAUCCCAACAAAUCCAUCAACCCCGUCAUCACCGGAGCGUUCGGUGCGAUCGCAGGAGCGGCGAGUGUGUUUGGAAACACGCCGCUGGACGUCAUCAAGACCAGAAUGCAGGGUUUGGAAGCUCAUAAAUAUAAAAACACAAUGGAUUGUGCCCUGAAGAUCAUGCAGCAUGAAGGACCAGCAGCGAAUCAGAGGGACGUAUCAAGGCCUCACAGCGACCGUCCUCAAACAGGGAUCCAAUCAGGCGAUCCGGUUCUUCGUCAUGACCUCUCUGAGGAACUGGUACAAGGGUGACAAUCCCAACAAAUCCAUCAACCCCUUCAUCACCGGAGCGUUCGGUGCGAUCGCAGGAGCGGCGAGUGUGUUUGGAAACACGCCGCUGGACGUCAUCAAGACCAGAAUGCAGGGUUUGGAAGCUCAUAAAUAUAAAAACACAAUGGAUUGUGCCCUGAAGAUCUUGCAGCAUGAAGGACCAGCGGCGUUUUACAAGGGCACGGUCCCACGGCUGGGCCGAGUGUGUUUGGACGUGGCCAUCGUCUUCAUCAUCUACGAGGAGGUUGUGAAGGUCCUAAACAAAGUCUGGAAGACGAAGUGACGACCGCGGUCUCGUUCUUCACAUCACUUCUGCUUUUAAACACGCACACAAUAUUUGAAAAUAACAUUAGUUCAUAAAGCAGCUGCAGUCAAAUUAACAUUAAACACUGUCUGUGCCACUUUUAACUGAUUUUGUUCAUUAAUAAAUAGAUUAUUUAACUGCUAGAUGUAAUAGAGAGCGAACAUGUAUGUUUACAGAUGUUAAACUCUGAGCCAGAGGAAUAAUCUAGAGAAAAGUGUGACCGUAAAUUAAUUUAAUGUUUUAACGUGGGAAAAUCCUUAAGAGGAAGUGGGAAUAUUUACAAAUAGAGAGUUUAUGAAUAUUUAUAGAUGUAUUUACUUAACUACAGAUCAUUCCAUAAUACUUUACGAAUUCCAUUUAAAAUUUAUUCUAUUUUUAAGUUUCUGACAUUUCUACUUAAAAUGUUGUGUUUUUAACUAAGGCUAAUAUUUUUACAUUUGUAAAGCCUUUUUAUUAAUUAUUUUGAAUAUAUUUAUUUUGCUGUUGCACAUGUGCCUUUUAACCAUCAAACUCUGACAUUUAUUUUUCAACACAAACAAAGACAUUUUUAAUAAUUAUUUUGUCAGUUUUAAAGCCUGUUUUCAGACAUGACCUGCUGUAUCUGUCUAUGUGCUAUUGACAGAUCUGUGUGUGUGUGUGUGUGUGUGUGUGUGUGUUUGGGGCCUUUAGAAAUACUCUUUGGGAUUGUUUGUGCCAUAUCCUGUGAUGUGUAUGUUCUUGGCCUUUUCUUUGUAGAUCUAGACUGAAGGCUUCUUAGACUAAAUGCUAAUGUGCUAAUAAAAUUAUUUUA